AUGUCACGUCCCGAAGACAUCCUACCCCCCGAUCUAUAUUAUAAUGACCGCGAAGCGUCAUUAUACACCUCCAACUCAAGAAUCAAAAGAGUGCAAGCAGAGAUGACGCACAGAGCACUUGAGCUCCUCGAUCUACGAACCCCAUCCCUUAUAUUAGACGCUGGUUGCGGCUCUGGUCUCUCGAGUGAAAUUAUAUCUGCAGGCGGUCACCAAGUCAUCGGCCUUGACAUUUCAGCUUCAAUGCUUGAUAUAGCGGUUCAGCGCGAUAUCGGAAGCGACCUAUUCCUUUCCGAUCUCGGCCAGGGCGUGCCAUUACGCGCCGGAUCACUAGACGCAGCGAUCAGCAUCAGUGCAAUUCAGUGGCUGUGCAAUGCAGAAUCGAGUGAUGUCAGCGCUGAGGGCCGAUUGCGGAGAUUCUUCGAGGGCCUCUAUGCUAGUCUUCGACGCGGGGGCCGCGCAGUCUGUCAAUUCUACCCAAAGAAUGAUGCUCAGCGAAGCAUGAUCAGUGGAGCUGCUAUGAAGGCCGGUUUCGGUGCAGGUAUCCUAGAAGAUGAUCCCGGCACGAAGAACAGCAAGUUGUACCUCGUUCUCACAGUUGGUGGUGGCGGGCUGCAGGGUGACAUUACCGGGGUUGUGAAUGGCAUGAGCGAUGUCGAUGUCCUUGAUGCUAGAAAAAGCGCCACUGAAAAGGGGCGAGCACUGCCCUCUCGGAAAGGCGACAAGGCUUGGAUUUUGCGUAAGAAAGAACAAAUGACCCGGAAGGGCAAGGUGGUCAAAGCAAAUUCGAAAUACACUGGCAGAAAACGGCGCCCUGCAUUUUGA